UAAUGUGUGUGUGUAGAUGCGGUGUCGCAUGCAGCAAAUCGAUAGGAGAACGCUAACAAAUCGCUCCACACUGUUUGCUAUAAAUGUCACCUUAUAAUGCUUUUCCCACAGUACACACGAACACAAACCACACACCGAAGUCACAAAAAUCUGCACACGUACGUGAACGUCAAUGAAGAAAAGUAAUACACAACAAUUGUUUAAUUCACAAACACAAAAAAAAACACACACACACAUACACAAACCACACAUACAAAAACUGAAUGUCAUUGUUGUUCUUUCGACGAAAAACAGAAAAUGGUAUGGGUCUAAAAAACAUUAAUGCUGAAAGGUACCACAAACACACAACGAUGUGUGUGUUUGGAAAAAAACAAAAGAAGUAUAAAAUUAUAAGACAGAAAAGGUACUAUAAAAACAAAGUACUAGCAAUAAGGUAUAAAGCGCUAUAAAAAAAAUCCCAAAGACAACUCGGAGAAACACAAACGCGAAAAUGCCAUAAAACUUUACACAUCAUGCAUACCUUUGUCAAGUUUGUCAUUUCAUUCGUAACACACAAAAACAAAACAAAAAUUGAACAAAAACGGGCUGUUAAAACUGUUACAUCAUUAGAAGCUAAAUUUUACCACAAGCAAAACCAAAAAAAGCAAAAAUGAAACUACAUCUUAGUUAACAAUUGGCAAGUGGAUCGUGCCGGCAAAUCGUUACAAAAAGCGAAAGGUAGAAAGCAACAAAAGAAGUUGAUAAUGUGUGUUGCGCAGGGUUGGCACGGUGCAGGGUUUGCAAAUUAUAGCAAAUCCCGAUGCAAAACCCGAGCAAUUAUAGCAAAACAAUUGUCGUUAGAGUUUGUUUUUUUGUUGUCUGGGGAGAUUGGUUUUAGGCUCAACUGUGAAGCUGGAAAGUAGUGGAUAGAGUCGGCGUGGUACAGCAACCUCUGUCCAUCGAAUGUGGCUAUUGUUUUGUAGUGCGUUUAGAGUGCAUCGCUCAACGAUUGAUUGCUAGAGUCUGUCGUGGUCGAUCACCGUUGAUUGGAGUGAGCUAUUUCGACGUUUUUAAGUGUACAUUUGUGUGAAAAAAAUAUGACAAAAACUCUUUCACGAACGUGAGUAGGCAAGCGAUAGGGAAAGCGUUGUUGGUAGUAAGUAGCGUUUCGCAUACCGUUCAUACACACACCAUCAGCGUUUCGAGUCGUGCGCAAUCAUUUGACAGCAUUUACAUCGGGCGUGUAGUAUCCGUUAUGUGCGCAGUAGUGAGCGCAAGUGCGAGAAACCCCGGCUAGCUAAUUCGACUGAUGAGUGAUAAGAUUAGUAGAACUCUCCUGAGCGCUCACUGAGAGCACUCGCCGCAACUAGAUCAAACGUUCGAGGUGGAAGCGCAAUCGGAUUAACACAUGCUAGUGUUAAAUCGUAAAGUUAAUCGUUUACGUGGUUAAAGCAAAAAAAAAAAAGAUUGCCUCAGAAAUUGUGUUGCUUGAACAUGGGUGAUGUUUUUUUGUUUUGUUUUCAGUGGUGAACAG